AGGGACAGGAGUUUCUGCACCACACCCCGGGGCUGGGAGGCAGCGGGUGCCCACCUCCUCCCGCAGGGCGACGGCUCCUCGUCCUCCUCCCUGCCUCCUCCAGCCUGGCCGGUAAGAGGAUCCUCUGCUGGGAAGCAGGAGAAAAGCUCCAGCACUGCAAACGGAGCUGCCUGAACAGUCCUGCAAAGGCACCCAGCAACAUGCAGAGCCCAGCCAGGCUGCCCAGGACCGAGUCCUGCUCUGGCCCUGGACCGUAACUGCUCCAUGGCUCUGCUGCAGGGAGAGGUCCUCCACCAAAAGCUUUUUUGGUGCAGCACGCAGGGGUCCGUGUACGAGAUCUCAGGCAGCGAAUGCUGCUUAUCAACUGGAGACCUCCUAAAAAUCAUUGCCAUCAAGCUGCAGAACGUCAUUUGCAAGGAUGUGGAGAGGGAGCAAACAACAGAACUGCCGCUGACCUUCAGAGGUCUCUUCCAGCCCUGCCCAGACCCGCAGCCAUACACAAGCCUGGAGGAGCUGAUCCAGAGCAAAUGGAGGGCCCAGGAGGCUCAGCCCUUGUGCUUCUUUUCGGACGCUGACAUUGCCGUGGACAGGCAGGUCAUUCCCAAGGCGCAGCGCAUCUUUCUGGAGGCACUGCAGGGGAAGAAGGCAGCCGUCCGCACGGCAGGCAGCCACAGCAAGCCGUGCUGGCUCCAGCUGCCCCUCUCCCUGCGGGGUCGGUUCUUCGAGUGCGGCAGGCAGCAGGACCUCACGCUGCAAGAGGUGCUGGGGCUGCAGGGCGGGUGGCCGCAACGCCUGCUCUGCCCCGCGCUUGGCUCGUGCCCCAUCCUCCUCAGCCCCGUCUACGAAGUGCAAGCCAUCAUGCACCUGCGGAAGGACGUGGUGAAAAUCCCCUCCACGCUGGAAGUGGAUGUGGAAGACGUCACGGAGGAGAUGCAGCACAUCCAUUUUAUCAAGCCACUGCUGCUUAGCGAGGUGCUGCAGAUGGAGGAAGCCCUCCCCGUCCAAGCCGAGAUCCUGGAGGGGCCCAGCUCCACGGCCAUCUUCAAGAACGACUGGAUCCCCCGCCUGCAGAAAGGCCAGCAGAUCCAGAUCCACGGCAAGGGCUGCGCUUGGAGGAUCCUCGCCUCGGCUCGCAAGGGCACCCGCCAUUUCCUCCUCUCCAGCACGUACCAGGGCAGGUUUCGGAGGCGCCCCCGGGAGUUCACCACGGUGUACGAGCUGGCUGCCAGCCUGCAGGCCGGCCAGCACCUGCGCGUGGUGGUCACGCAGGACUGCGAGGGCCAUGAGGAGGACGUGCCCUCGCUCAGUGUGGGUGACCGGCUGGAAGUGCGCUGCUUGCUCCAGGCCAGCACCAGCACCACCGUGCUGCUGUGCAACCGAAGCAGCAGCGAGGAAGAGGAGGACCAGGAGACUGAAGAGCUGAUGCUGCCUUUAGACCUGGGAGGCAGCUUUGUGGAAGAGACGUGCGACAGCAAGAAGUACAGCCUUGCUGAGGUCCUGCAGCAGCUCCCCCUGCCCUGCGACGUCAAAGUGGUGGCCAAGGACCCUUCGCUCGCCCGUGACAUCCUCAGCUCCUUCUCUGUCUUACGGCUGGAGGCAUGCGUCACCGAGCCCUUCUUGGUCAGCAGCUUCUGUGAGGAGCCAAACGAGAGCUUUGAGAUCCCACCACGGUGGCUGGACAUGUCCCUGUUCUUCUUGGAGAAACCCGUCCACCCACAAGCCCCCUCCACAGACUGGUCGCGGGUCGAGGAGCUGAAGGAGCCUUUCUACUACCACUUGCUGAAGCAGCUGCCAGGCAGUUCAGCUCCCCCUCCACCGCGGCCCCCCAAGAGGAAGGGGGCUGGGGGCGAGGCAGCCGUCAGGACAGCCAAAGGAACUGGCCCUGAGAAAGCAAAGCCACCUUCCCUGGCCGUGCCCAAGCCUCCCUCGUUCCAGAAAACAAGCAGCCCCUUCAUUGAGCGGAGCACCCCGAAUGAGUACAGCACGCACCUCCACCUGCGGAGAGCAUCCCAGUCAAGCAAGGCCCCAAGGGACAAAGGUAUGGAGAAAAGCGAUUCUGACCAUGACUAUGAAACAGUUGAUGAAGAUCUUCAAAAGACAAUUCGUAAAAUGCAGACUGUCUUUCCUUUCUAAACCUCUAGUUUCUGGGAACCUCCAAAUAUUCUUAGUGCCUAAAUUAAACUUGUUACUUGCAAAAGCUAAACACAGCCAGAGGGAUCCACAGUGCAGCCUUCAACUGCCUCCAUCGUAACAGAUACAUCAUCCCCACCUUCCCUCUAAUGCGAGCAGUCUGUACACCCACGCGACAGCUGUGCACGCAGAAUACAUACCCUUGCUGUACCAUAGCAGGCUGCUGUGCUAUGCACUGUCCACAGCUGUCACAGGUGGGACCCUGCCACCAAGAUGCCACUGAGAUGCCAGCUAAGGCUCUUGGACAUGUAUCUUGCUCUGCUCCACUACAUUAACAUCAUUGAGACACUUUAUGCACGUAGCUUGAAUAGGAUCCUAAAUGGCAGAUAUGCCAAGUCUAUGCCCAUUUCAGACCGAAAACUUCUAGGACUAAUACCUUUAUUUUUUAUAUUUCAUGUAUUUAUAUGUCAUUUGUGCUACCUUUGCUGGGAGCUACCAGAAGGCUCCUGACACAUCCACCAGUGGCUUUCUCCACAUGCCCUUGUAACCAUCAGCUAAGGUACAGCAGUCCUGCUGACUGCUGCUUUGCAUUACCAGGAGCACACUUUGGACACCAGUAACACCAGAGCAGGCCCCUUUCUAGACCUAGCAGCUUAAAACCAGAAGCAGGUGCAUUUGGGAAGAUGCUGAACAACUGCAGUGGGAUUCCUGGGAACUCAGCCUCCUUUUAAGUGCCUAACCAUGGAGUACAGAGACUGGGUCUAAAGUCUGGGAUGCUGGACGCUUCCAUACGUGUGAUUUGAGGCCAGCAAUUUCAGAUACUGUUUGUAAUACCCUCCCCAUGCCAUGUGCCAAAGUAUUUUGCACAGUGCAAACAAUGCUUCAUCUGGGGCCCAAACUGGCGAUUCACAUGUUUUUACAACUGCACACUCACUCCACACGAAGAAACACCUUAACAGACAGAAGCUGCAUUUUCUCUGUGUAUGUGUUCUCUGUAAUUUCUCAACAAGUUUGCAGUUUUAAGAUAGAAAAUAAAUUUUAAAUUUCAUUUGAGAUAAAACUGUCUUUUUCCUCUCCCAGAGAGGAAAAGAAGAGUAGUUUUAGGUUCAACAGUUCCUUAGUUCAUGCCAUUCUUCACCUAGAAUCUUGGGUAGGUUCAAAAAGUUGCAGAGAGAAUCUCAUUCAUUCAAGCCCAAGUCUCAGCUGGGAUUUGGGCUGGUGUCUUCUCUUACUCUGAUACUGAAGGUAAAUCCCAGGGCAGAAUCGGGGCUAAAUACUCACCAAAACAGGGAAAAACUAGUUUCUUAUCUGGCCUGCUUUCUUACCAAGAGAUAUGUAAGCAACUACAGGAACAUUUUUCCUUGUCCCAAAAGAAAAACUAGUCCCUGAACUAUGGCUGGGAAAAAGAUGGGCUCCAGACAAGGAAGAGGAGCAGGACAGCAGGAGCAUAGAGAAAAUGAAAACAACUGAAAAUAUCCAAAUAUUUCCUCUCAUCUCCUUUAUUAGAACCAAAAGCAUCCCCCAAGUUUCGAUCCUAUUUUGCUAACAUUUUUAAAUCAAACUUUUUGCAAAAGAGCUGACAGUUCUUCCCCUGACAGAUCCAAGCCUUAUUCCAAAUCCUUCCACUAGCCAGACAAAAGCAGGUACUCUUGGACACUUAAUAAACACCAAAUGGGCAACUAUGCAAAGUACUAAACCUCCUCCCCAGCUUACUCUCCAGACACAUAAUCAUUCUGUACAGUCCCACAACUACUCUCAAUUUCACUUAUUUUAGCUUCCAAAAAUGAUCAGUUUAGCAUCCUAAGCUGCACACCUCCUGCAAAAUGGAAAUUGUAUUACUUUCGAUUUCUAGAUCCACUAGUUUCCAUAGCUCACCUGUUGCAUAUCUACAGUACAAUUUAGCCCCCAAAACACAUCACCGGAUACAGCUGCACUGAUAUCUGAACAGGAUAUACUGGUCUUACUACAGCAUAAACAACAGAAGCAAAUGUACCGGAGAGCAAAGCCAGUACAAUGGAUGCGCAGACUGGGAAUUGCUUUUUCAAAGCCGGGUCACAUCAUUAGUCUCAGAUAACACAAAAACCUGCACUGAAAGCCCUGAUCUGCAGCUUAUGUGAAACCGACUUGCCCAGCUCGUAAGAAUGCAGACUGAGUCCCUAAUCAC